AUGGUCAACUUUACCGUCGUGUCCGUCAUCGCCCACGUCGACCACGGCAAGUCGACCCUCACCGACUCGCUCCUGUCCAAGGCCGGCAUUAUCGCCUCGGCCAAGGCCGGCGACCAGCGCGCGAUGGACACCCGUGCCGACGAGCAGGAGCGCGGUAUCACGAUCAAGUCGACCGCCAUCUCGAUGUACUUCGAGCUCCCCAAGGAGGACCUUGGCGAGAUCAAGCAGAAGAACGACGGCCACGACUUCCUGAUCAACCUCAUCGACUCGCCGGGUCACGUCGACUUCUCGUCCGAGGUCACCGCUGCCCUGCGUGUCACCGACGGCGCCCUCGUCGUCGUCGACACGAUCGACGGUGUCUGCGUCCAGACCGAGACCGUCCUCCGCCAGGCCCUCGGCGAGCGCAUCAAGCCCGUCGUCGUCAUCAACAAGGUCGACCGCGCCCUGCUCGAGCUUCAGGUCCAGAAGGAGGACCUGUACCAGACGUUCGCCCGCACUAUCGAGUCGGUCAACGUCAUCAUCUCGACCUACAACGAGGAGGUCCUCGGCGACGUCCAGGUGUACCCCGAGGCCGGCACGGUCGCGUUCGGCUCUGGCCUCCACGGCUGGGCCUUCACGCUCCGCCAGUUCGCCGCUCGCUACGCCAAGAAGUUUGGCGUCAGCAAGGACAAGCUCAUGCCCAAGCUGUGGGGCGACAACUAUUUCAACCCCAAGACCAAGAAGUGGUCGACCAAGGCGACCGACGCCGACGGCAAGCAGCUCGAGCGUGGCUUCAACAUGUUCGUCCUCGACCCGAUCUUCCGCAUCUUCGACUCGGUCAUGAACUUCAAGAAGGACGCCAUCCCGGCCCUGCUCGAGAAGCUCGAGAUCAACCUCACCUCGGACGAGAAGGACCUCGAGGGCAAGGCGCUCCUCAAGGUCAUCAUGCGCAAGUUCCUGCCCGCCGGCGACUCGCUCCUCGAGAUGAUCGUCAUCAACCUCCCGUCGCCCGUCACGGCCCAGCGCUACCGCGUCGAGACCCUGUACGAGGGCCCCAUGGACGACGAGUGCGCCGUCGCCAUCCGCGACUGCGACGCCAAGGGCCCGCUCAUGCUCUACGUCUCGAAGAUGGUCCCGACCUCGGACAAGGGCCGCUUCUACGCGUUCGGCCGCGUCUUUGCCGGCACGGUCAAGUCGGGCCCCAAGAUCCGCAUCCAGGGCCCCAACUACGUCCCGGGCAAGAAGGAGGACCUCUUCGUCAAGUCGAUCCAGCGCACCGUCCUCAUGAUGGGCGGCCGCGUCGACCCGCUCGAGGACUGCCCGGCCGGCAACAUUGUCGGCCUCGUCGGCGUCGACCAGUUCCUGCUCAAGAGCGGUACCCUCACCACGAGCGAGACGGCCCACAACAUGCGCGUCAUGAAGUUCUCGGUCUCGCCCGUCGUGCAGGUUGCCGUCGAGGUCAAGAACGCCAACGACCUGCCCAAGCUCGUCGAGGGCCUCAAGCGCCUCAGCAAGUCGGACCCGUGUGUCCAGACCUGGAUCUCGGAGACGGGCGAGCACAUUGUCGCCGGUGCCGGUGAGCUCCACCUCGAGAUCUGCCUCAAGGACCUCGUCGAGGACCACGCCGGCGUGCCCCUCAAGAUCUCGGACCCGGUCGUCGGCUACCGCGAGACGGUCCAGGCCGAGUCGUCCAUGACGGCGCUGUCCAAGUCGCAGAACAAGCACAACCGUCUCUACGUCAAGGCGCAGCCGGUCGACGAGGAGGUCGCCAAGGCGGUCGAGUCGGGCAAGAUCGGCCCGCGUGACGAGUUCAAGGCCCGUGCCCGCAUCCUCGCCGACGAGUACGGCUGGGACGUCACCGACGCUCGCAAGAUCUGGUGCUUCGGCCCCGACGGCUCGGGCCCCAACUUCCUCGUCGACACGACCAAGGGUGUCCAGUUCCUGUCCGAGAUCAAGGACUCGUGCGUUGCCGCCUUCCAGUGGGCGACCAAGGAGGGCCCGUGCGCCGAGGAGAUCAUGCGCUGCUCGCGCUACAACAUCCUCGACGUGACCCUCCACACCGACGCCAUCCACCGUGGCGGUGGACAGCUCAUCCCGACGUGCCGUCGCGUCGUCUACGCCGCCUCGCUCCUCGCCGAGCCGGGUCUGCAGGAGCCGGUGUACCAGAUCGAGGUCCAGUGCCCCGAGACGGCCCUCGGCGGCAUCUACUCGACGCUCAACCGCAAGCGCGGCAUGGUCUUCUCGGAGGAGCAGCGCCCGGGCACGCCCAUGUACACCGUCAAGGCGUACCUCCCCGUCAACGAGUCUUUCGGUUUCACGGGCGAGCUCCGCCAGGCGACUGGUGGCCAGGCCUUCCCCCAGAUGGUCUUCGACCACUGGCAGACGAUGCCGGGUGCGAUCACCGAGAAGGGCGGCAAGGUCGAGGCUCUCGUCCUCCAGAUCCGCCAGCGCAAGGGUCUCAAGCAGGAGAUCCCGACGCUCGACCAGUUCUACGACAAGCUCUAA